GCGCUCAGAGACGCACUGAGCGAAAAAAAAGCCCUCAUCAUCAUCAUAACUGCAGGACAGUCCUUCACCAGCCAGCCAUACACACCUGAGCUGCCGUUAUUGUUUGUGUUCCGCCCGGUUCACCCAGCUGCCUCACCGUUUAUUGAGCCGGUCUGUCUGAAGUCCACCCUGGAGGCUCAGAGGAGAAGUAACGGGGAGAAGACCGCAGACUUAUCACGGACUGUCCGCUCCUGCGCUGACACUGGACAGCCAUGGGAGCUGUUCUGGGGGCCUUUUCCCUCGCGAGCUGGACACAGUGUUACUGUUGAACACAGAUUUAGGAUGAUAAUCACAAGUAUGUAUGGUUCACUUGGGUGCCGUGCUUGUGCAGCAGUGCAACCUGUCUGUUGUGCAGCUGCUGUCCAAGCACCAGGAACUCCACGAUGACCAGGAUCAUCUACGCCUCCAUCUUGCUGCUGGGCACUGUCGUCGCCUGCAUCAUGCUGUCACCGGGUAUAGAUCAACAGCUAAAGAGGAUCCCAGGCUUCUGUGAAGACGGGGCCGGCUCCUCUAUUCCUGACCUGAAGGUCGAUGUCAACUGUCAAAUGUUUGUGGGUUACAAGGCAGUGUACCGUGUCUGCUUCGGCAUGAGUGUGUGGUUCCUGGGUUUUUCCGUUCUGAUGAUGAACAUCAAGAACAGCAGAGACCCACGCGCUGCCAUCCACAAUGGAUUUUGGUUCUUUAAGUUUGGUGUCUUGGUGGCAGUGACAGCCGGUGCCUUUUACAUUCCAGAUGGGCCUUUCACCCACACAUGGUUUGUCGUGGGCUCGGGUGGAGCUUUCUGUUUCAUUCUGAUCCAGCUGGUGCUGCUGGUGGACUUUGCCCACUCCUGGAAUGAGUCCUGGGUGGAAAAGAUGGAGACUGGUCAGUCCAGGGGCUGGUAUGCAGCUUUGCUGGGCAUCACAAUCCUCAACUACAUCCUGUCAUUUAUCGCUGUCGUGCUGUUCUUCGUCUUCUACACCAAGACUGACGGAUGCUUCAUCAACAAGUUCUUCAUCAGCUUCAACAUGUUGUUCUGCAUGGCGGCCUCUGUUAUCUCUGUGCUGCAUAAAGUACAGGAGUCUCAGCCACGUUCAGGUCUUCUACAGUCCUCCAUCAUCACCCUGUACACCAUGUUUCUGACCUGGUCUGCCAUGAGCAAUGAGCCUGACCAAGAAUGUAACCCCAGCCUGCUGAGUAUCUUCCAGCAGAUCACAGCCCCCACACUGGCCCCUAUGGAGAUGGAGAACCAGACAGCUGUGGUAAUCAUCGGCCCAGAGGAACCUGUCCUGACGUCCCCGUACCUGCAGUGGUGGGACGCCCAGAGUAUUGUGGGGCUGGCUAUAUUUAUCCUGUGCAUCCUUUAUUCAAGCAUUCGUUCAUCGAGCACCAGCCAGGUUAACAAGCUGACCAUGGCCUCCAAAGACUCGGCCAUCCUGGCCGAGGGCGGCGGGAGCAGCCCCGACCUGUCAGAGGAGUUGACGGGACCCAGGCGGGUGGAGGACAAUGAGCGGGACAUGGUCCAGUACAGCUACUCCUUCUUCCACUUCAUGCUCUUCUUGGCCUCGCUCUACAUUAUGAUGACACUCACCAACUGGUACAGCCCUGAGGCAGACUACACCGUAACCAGCAAGUGGCCGGCAGUGUGGGUUAAGAUAACCUCCAGCUGGGUGUGUUUGGCCCUGUACAUCUGGACUCUGGUGGCCCCCAUGAUUCUCACCAACCGAGACUUCAGCUAAUCAUCAGCUCCGUCUCUCACUCCACAAACUUCUUUUUUCAUACAUAAACUCCGACCAUAUUGCCUACAUCUAAUUUCAGAAUGGACUCACAUUUUAAACUUUUAGCUUCAAUAUUUGUAGUUUAAAAAAACGGGUCCAGAGGUGCCAUAACAGCUGCGUCAGGUAUUUACUGUAAAGUGUGUUAUUUCAUACCAGUCAGUAGCAGCUGUUCAUUAAUCGGACGUUCAAAGACAAUCAUAUGUUUUCUAUGCACAAAAACACACAUGAAGAAACACAUUACAUUUGUUGACAAUUGUGUACAUUUAUGUAAAUCAGAUGCAACAUCUAGAUAAAAUGUGAUCUGUCAUUUCUGCUCUAACAGCAAGCAGGCAGAUUUAAUCAAAUACUUCAAGCAUAUGAAUGUUCCAGAAAAUUCAGUAUUACAAUAUUAAUAAUGUGGGCUGUUUUGUGAACUACGUGCAGUGAUAAGCUCUUAUACGGAUACGAGAGCCUGAUAUGCCUUCAAAAGCCUUGUCUGCCAGAUUUUCAGAUAUGUAAAUAUAUUUAAAGUAAUAUCUACAAGUGCAGUAAACUAUUGCCGAUAAACACACAUACACACACACACACACACACAGACAAUACGACUCAAAGUCUACUUAAGUUUCUGCCAAAUAUUCAUGGACCAAGAUAUUGAAUGUAAAGUUGUCUUUGAGUGUAAAAGAAGUCCUUACAGUGACAAAAAUCUAUAUUUCUUCAAAGAUGACCAUCGUUCUGCACAUCAUUAAAUGACUCCAAAUAGUAUGGAAUAGCUUUAAUAUUUAUUGUGAUUUUAUGAUUUUACUUAAAUCCAAAUAAUAACUUUUAUUUAGUAAGAAAUGUCAGUCUUAGCUGAAUGUUGAAUAUGUUGGAGAAUAUGAUUUAUAUGAUACACUGACCAAAUGCCUUGUAAGCCAAAGUGAUUUACUGUACUUAGUAUCUGAAAGCAGUCUGUGCGUCUGCAGUUUAUGAUGGAUUUAUAGUAAUUUAUGUUUGUUUUGACUGUUUUCAUAACAGAUUGAAUAUUAAAAACUCUUUCAAACAAUAACUCUGACCAACACAGAGAAUACAGUUUGUGCAAAUGACAACACAAAGCAGUGACACAUACUUUCAUUCUAUCAUCUGAACAAUACAUUAAAACAUUAUUUACUAAACAUAAACGUUCAUUGUCUACCGCUGAUGGGAGAUGUCUGUAUUCUGAAAAUGAUCACAUGAUUUUUGUUUUGACACUUUUUUGUGAGUUGGCUGUAGACCUGAUCAGAGAUCAGAGCAGAUGACUAUACACUGAAACUCUGAAAGAAUAAAGACAGAUUCACAGCUGA